AGUUGUCAUUUCUGAUUCAUGGCGGGACUCGCUCUCAUUAUCAGCAUGGGUCUAACCCUCUUCCUCGGUCUUAUCCCACCAGUUGAGGGUGAAUUGGUUUAUUCGAUCAACCGUGAUGGAAUUUGGUGGUGUGGAGGAGCAGCUGUGGGGUAUCCUCCGACUAUGAUUGUUUACAAUGAUUCUAAUGUUGAUGGCGCUUGCUUCGGGUAUCUUCGCUUUGUAACUUACUCCGACGCGGAAGCGGAGGAUCUUUUCAAAGCAUGCCAGAGGCCAGCCCUCGGAGGGGGAAACUCGAGUUUCCAUGGAGUAAUGGGGAAGUUGGUCCAUCUCCACGUUCAACCAGAGUACAAAGAAACGGAUAUUCCUUCCCAGUUGUUGAAGCAUACUAUUGAUUAUAUUCGUACCGGCAACGCUACCUCGGCUCGUGCCGUUCAUGCUGCUAUCAAUCCCAAGGAUUCCAUCAUCAAGAAAGCGCACGCAAACGCAGGAUUUGAAUUCAUCAAGAUUGAUUGGCUUUAUGAUAUGUACUGUUAUUUUUACACUUAAUUUUGGGUCAUGGGAGAGAAGUCACUAUAUUUUUCUGCGUCACGCAGUACUUCCAUAUCCCUUCUGAUUCAAUCUUGUUCACCAGACGUUUUACGUAUCGUCUUCACUUUUCGAGC